AUGAGACACAAACCUAUAACAGCAUCCAUAAUAAACUCUGAUCUCAUAAUAGCCAAACACAUAUCAUCUACAUUGUACAGACAUUAUAUAUUGAAUAACAUAAAUACAGAUAUUAAUGCAAUUCCACCAUGCACAGGAUAUCAAAGGUCCAUCUACUCAACAAAUGUACCAAAUAUCUCAAACCAAAUUUACCUUGCUUGCAAAAAAUUACCAUCAUUAACAUACCAACUUAGAAUAAAUAUAUCAGAUAUGAGAUAUAUAAUACAGCAAAUCAAUAAUACAUCAUCUGUCACAAUUGAUAAUAAUAUAUCCUUAAAUAUAUCACACUCAAUAAAUCACCAACUUAUACAAUCCACAUUCACCUCCUCACCAAUACAAAAUAUCCUACCAUCAUAUGCCAACAAUAACCAUUCCUCUCAAACAUUGAUAUUCUACAUUGAUGGAUCUUUAUCAAAAUUUGGUCAACAAGAUAUUAAAUUAUUUUGUGCAUGGAUUCAAUUUAAAAGAUGA